CGCAGUCUUAGCCCGCACGUCUAGGCUACUGGAGGGAAUAAUUAGGUUUCUAUGGGCAGCGCGUACUGUGUGUGUGAGAGUGUGUGUAUGUGUGAUGCUGGUGGUAACCGAUGACUAAAUACCUUAAAAUAUGAAUAUAAACCUCUGAAGACGCCGCGUUUAUUUGACAUAAACCUCUGAAGACGCUGAGGUUAUUGGAACAGCGACGGAAGGAGGCCGCCGUGAGUCUCCCGUCUUGCAGGCCGCUGAGGGCGUCGUGUUGUUGGGAGGAGACGCUCCGCAUCCCCGCCUAGCUGCUAGCCUAGCCGCUAGCCUAGCUGCUACGAUGCGCUGCCGCCUCUGCCCGUCUGCUCUUGUGCACAGCGAGCCGCUGCGGGUAGCAGGGCCGGCCCUGAGCUAGUCGCCGACCCCCUGCUGUGUGAGGGGAGAAGAGGAGACCCGUCCCGCCACUCGGACAGGAUGGACCUUGAUUUAUGUGCCGGAGGGGAUAGCACCCGUCGAAAAAUGGAUUUGUCUGCGGUCGCAGAGGGCAGCAUCGAGGUGGUACCGUUGGAGAUGUACGAUUCUGCCAGGGCAAAGAUAGAUGCCAAUCUACGCUGGCUGUUUGCGAAAGCCUACGGCAUUGACCACAUCCCGGAGGACCUGCGCGACCCUUUCUACACGGACCAGUACGACCAGGAGCACAUCAAGCCCCCGGUGCUGCGGCUGCUGCUGUCCUGCGAGCUGUACUGCCGCGUGUGCUCGCUGAUCCUGAAGACGGAGCAGGCGUCGGCGCUGCAGUCCCACCUCUGCGUCCUCCAGGCCCUGUCCCGCAAGGGCCUGUACGUGGUGGAGAGCGACGACACGCCCGUCACCGACGGGGACCUCGCCUCCAUGCCCAUCAAAAUGAGUUCCCACAUGCCGAUGAUCGACACCCUGAUGAUGGCCUACACGGUGGAGAUGAUCAGCAUCGAGAAGGUGGUGGCCUCCGUCAAGCGCUUCUCCACCUUCAGUGCCUCCAAGGAGCUGCCCUUCGACCUGGAGGACGCCAUGUUGUUCUGGAUCAACAAGGUGAACAUGAAGAUGAGGGAGUACACAGAAAGGGAGCACAAAGUCAAGCAGCACCCGCUGGAGUCCCCCGGCCAUCAGAAGUCUGACUUCAUGCUGGCAAACUGCAUGUUGGAGGCUGAGGAACACUUGGACGUGGUGCGGUACCGCCGGGAGCAUGGAGGCAGCCGCCUGCUGCCCUUCUUCCCUGUCAUGGAGGACCUGAUGAAGGACGUGUGCGACGGCGCGGCGCUGCUCUCCGUGGUCCACUACUACUGCCCCGACGUCAUGAAGCUAGAGGACAUCUGCCUGAAGGAGGUGACCUCGAUGGCCGACAGCCUCUACAACCUCCAGCUGCUCAAAGAGUUCUCCAGCGAGUAUCUGAACAAGAGCUUCUACCUGUCCCAGGAGGACAUGCUGUACUCGCCGCUGGUGCUGAAGCACAACGUGAUGGUGUUCAUCGCGGAGCUCUUCUGGUGGUUUGAGACGGUCAAACCCGAGUUUGUCCAACCCAAGCACCUGCAGGAGUUCAAGGAUGCUCAAGCCCUGGCUCAGCCCAAGUGCUCUCGUCCCACCGUCCCCAUCUCCAACGCCACCAAGCGUAGCUUCCUGGCCAGCCCCGGCAUAGCCGAGUCCCAGAGCAACCCUGAGGCCUGCAGCCGCUACUUCCUGCACCCUGAGGAGUCUGACCCCAUGAAGGGCAGCGCAUCGUUCAGCCCCUCCCACCCGCUGCUCCCUCUCAGACAGAGGCAGCAGAAGACGCAGGCCGACGAAGGGGGAGGUCUGAGGAACCGGUCCAACUCUCUGACGCAGAUGGAGGGACCGCCCCGAGGCUCUGUCAUCGCCUGGCCGGACAAGAGACAGAGGCCGAUGUCCAGCCUCAACCCCUACCUGAUGGACGGCGAGGCGGACCUGGCGUCGGGCGACAGCGUGAGCCUGGCGCGCUCCAUCAGCAAGGACAGCCUGGCCUCCAACAUCCUCCACGUCACGCCCAAGCACCAGGCCGCCGGGCUCCACCCCCAGCCCGGGCACCACCCCAUGCAGGGGCUCCACUCCCAGCCCCCCCGCCGGGUCAACGGCCACGGCCUCCUGGGCAACGUCCACAUGGACGACGAGGGCGACGAGGACGGCCUGGCGGCGGGGGUCCGGCCCCACGUGGCCCCGGCCCCCCGGGGGGUCGAGGUCCUGCCCCCCCCCGCGGAGUCCGACCCCGAGGCGGACGGCUUCUUCCUGGAGCCCCUGACGCCGGCGGUGCUGCGGCCCGCCAAGGAGAAGUCGGUGUGCCUGAACAAGGAGGACGAGUGCGGGGAGGGUCCGCGGCCGUCUGGGAGGGGCUCGCUGCGCCGGGGCGACGCCCCCUCCUCGGCCGUGCGGAGAAAAACCCCCUCGCUCCUCAACCGCACCUUCGCCUCGGGGGAGGAGGACCCCCCGCCGCCGGAGCCCCCCCAGGGCGGCGCCGCCGCUCCGGACCCCCAGACCAGAGGGCAGCGCUCCUCGGGGUUCUUCCUGCACGUGGACAGCGUGGAGGACGAGGCGGCGCCGGAGCCGGAGCCGGGGCCGGAGCGGGACCCCCCCGCGGACGAGGACGAUGACGAGGACCUGGAUGAGGCCCUCACCACCAAGGACCCCCACUGGCAGAGGAAGGCCUUCUCCGACGAGGAGGAGGAGUCGGCCAAGCUGCGGGAGGACAUGAAGGUGAAGGAGCACGUGGACAAGGAGGACAAGGAGGCGGGCGGCGGCGGCAGCGGGCGCUCCAGCCCCUGCCUCAGCACCCACUCGCAGGCCAGCAGCGUGGCGAGCAGCGUGGCCAGCUGCAGCGUGCGCAUGACCUCCUUCGCCGAGCGCCGCGCCCACCACCAGCGCUUCGGCAGCAACCACGACCUGCGCUCCAGCGCCUCCAGCUCCCAGCGGACCACGCCCGACGGCUCCGAGUGCAGCGGGCCCCUGGCCUCCUCCUGGAGGAUGAAGCGGGACCAGAGCCCUUCGUCCCCCCUGGGGGCCCGCGGCGGCGGGGAGGGCGGCGGCGGCGCCAACAUGCUGGCGUCGGAGCUGGUGCAGCUCCACAUGCAGCUGGAGGAGAAGCGGCGGGCCAUCGAGCACCAGAAGAAGAAGAUGGAGGUGCUGUCGGCGCGGCAGCGGCAGAAGCUGGGCAAGGCGGCGUUCCUGCACAUCGUCAAGAAGGGCGGCGGCAGGAGCGACACGCUGCCCAACCCGCUCAAGGCGGACCUCUCCAAAGACGACGUGAACGGGGGGAAGGACGCGGCGUCCAAGGACGACUUCUGCGUGGAAGCCCUGAGGGCGGAGAAGGAGGCGGAGCCGCCCCCCCCGCCGCCGGUCGCCCUGGAGACGGAGAAGAAGGGCGGCAACGGGGGCUUCCACCCGGAGGAGGAGCUGGACCUGAACGAGUGCAACCGCUCCAUCGAGCUGCUGAACGACGCCAUCGGCAGCAUCCAGCAGCAGAUGAUGCAGCUGUCCUUCCAGCAGGAGAUGCUCAUGAAGCAGAACGUGACGGCGCUCCCCGCGGCCGGCCUCCCGCCGCCCGCCGCCGACAAGUUCGCCGACCCCAACGUCCGCGCCGCCGUGCACUACGUGGAGGCCACGGGCGCCGCCCCCGUCAUGAGGAAGCCCCCCAAGCUGUCCUCCGCCCGCGGCCCCAGGACCAAGCCGUCGGAGCUCAAGAUCGCCAAGGAGACGAGCCGCCCGGCCUCCCGGACCCUCGGCCAGAGCGCGGCGGCGGAAAGCCCUUCCAACGCGAGGCUCACCCCCGGGGGGCGGUCCCCCAGGGACCCCCCCGACAGCCCCCGGACCCCCGCCGCCGCCGCCCCAGAGCCCUCCCACCGGCCGGGCGCCGGCCACCAGCGGAGCGCCUCCUUCCGGCUCAACGACGAGGACAACAUGCGCCAGCCCACCCGGCUGGACCCCGCGGCGCUGGCCGCCUCGGAGGUGUCCUCCUCCUCCGACGAGGGCCCCCCCGGGCCCCCGGAGCCGGACGCCGCCGAGGGCCGGCGGAGGGAGGGGGCGGAGGAGCUCCAGCGCAGCAGGGCCCCCCUGAUCGAGGUGGACCUGUCGGGGCUCGGGGACCCGGAGGAGGAGGGCGGGGCGCCCGACGUCUCGGUGGACGGCCUGGACGGGGAGCAGAAGGCCGUCCUGGGCUUCUUCUUCAAGGACGAGCAGAAGGCGGAGGACGAGCUGGCCAAGAAGCGGGCCGCCUUCCUGCUGAAGCAGCAGAAGAAGGCUGAGGAGGCACGCCUCCGCAAGUACCAGCUGGAGGCGGAGUCUGAGCUGAAGAGGGAGGAAGCAAGGCGGAAGGCGGACGAGGACCAGCGGAAGAAGGAGGAGGAGAAGACGCGGCGGGAGCUCAUCAAGCAGGAGUACCUGCGGCGCAAGCAGCAGGAGCUCCUUGAGGAGCAGGGCCUGGCCCGGCCCAAGCUCCCCAAACUCCCCAAGACCCCCAAGCCCAAGCAGAAGGCCCGGCCCAAGUCCAUCUUCAGGGAGGAGUCGGCCAGCGACAAGUGCUCUUCCUCCAUGUCUGACAACCUGAUCAGCGCCCAGUCGGGCUCCAGUCUGUCCCUGGCCUCGGCCGCCACAAACGAGGCCGACAGCGUCAACUCUGGAGGGGCCGGCUCCCAACGCUGUGAUUCGGUGGAAUCCUUCCCUGGCAGCCGCAACCCCAGUCGCAUGGCGGAGAGGGACUGGGACAACGGCUCCACCGCCUCCUCCAUCACCUCCAUGGCUGAGUACACUGGUCCCAAGCUGUUCAAGGAGCCCAGCGCCAAGUCCAACAAGGCCAUCAUCCACAACGCCAUCUCCCACUGCUGCCUGGCGGGGAAGGUCAACGAGCCCCAGAAGAACCAGAUCCUGGAGGAGCUGGAGCGCAGUGACUCCAACCACCUGUUGAUCCUGUUCCGGGACGGCGGCUGCCAGUUCCGCUCGCUCUACACCUUCGUCCCCGACACGGAGGAGAUGCACAAGCUGACGGGCUCGGGGCCCAAGAGCAUCACCAAGAAGAUGAUCGACAAGAUGUACAAGUACAGCUCGGACCGCAAGCAGUUCACCGCCAUCCCCGCCAAGACGGUGUCGGUGAGCGUGGACGCCCUCACCAUCCACAACCACCUGUGGCAGGCCAAGAGGGGCACCGUGCCAAAGAAGAGCGCCAAAUAGCAAGGCCAGGGGCCCGGGCGCUGGCCCCCUGACUGCUGCUCCUCCUCCUCCUCCUCCUCCUCCUCCUGCUGACCCUCCCGCUCUACUCUGCUUCUUCCCUGGAUUGGCCGCGUCCCCCCCGGCUCAGUGGACCACCGCCCCGGGUCUGGCACUCGCCCUCCAGGGGUCUGCACGUACGGACCGCGCGGCGAUCCCAUAGGUGUUAAAGACAGUGACGGAUGACGUAGUUGUGCGUGCGUGUGUGCGUGCGUGUGUGUGUGUGGUCGCUUGUGUGCGUGCGUGUGUGUUUCGUCAAGGGGUCGGUGCUCAUGAAAGGGAACGCCAUUUAAAUUGCGAUUCACCGUCUCCUCGACGUCCGUGUCGAGACGACUCGUGUUUUUCUACCGCGACCGCAAAUCAAGCAUGUGGCAUUUGUUUCUUUAACGCUCAUGUGUGGACAUUACUUUUUGUACAUGGAGUACGUGUUGGUUUUGGCAUCAUCGUCACGGUCGGCCGGUCAGAUGCAGUGCUGCAGCCAUCUUUACCCCCUCAUCUCCCCAUCUCCCCCCUCUCUCGGACUCACGGGGUUGAAUAUUCCACCUCCUGCCGCGAAGGAUUGAGAGGGAGAGAGUGGCUCCGCGUGACCCCGUCUGUCUGAGUUUCUGGGAGCUGUCGACGUCCGUUAUCGAGGCGUUUUGCUGGUUCUACAGCGCGAACACCACCCACCGUACCCGGAGAGAGAGAGGGAGCCACCGGACCAUCCACUCGGCUGGCAUUACCACUUUUGCCUCGCUGGGGGGUCUUCGAACCUGCUGCUCAGAACGUUGUUUUUCAGUGUCUGGGGUCUCGCCCUUUAGACAUACGUUGGCCUUUUCACGCAUCAUCGUGGUUCUGUCGUCUAUUUAUUCACCCGCCUUUUAACGCACGCUGAACAUGUAGCCCGGGUUGUGUUGAGGACCAUUUCCAGGUCGCUCAUGUUGGACACACACUACGCUUUAUUUGUUGACACCUCGCUGUUGGCGAGGGUUGAGUGGUAGGCUUUGGUACAAAGAAAUGAUGCUGUUUUUAAUUGGUGUUUAGGUUGGUUUCUAUUCUUUCUGUGUAGUGGAGUUCAAGCGGCAGUCUUUUGUUCCUCCAUAACGGCGCUCCUCUGACGUCGAGAGCUUCGACGUGUUCCGUCUCCCCUCGGCACUUGAAUUGUAAUCAUCAACACAUCGUGUCAAUGGCUUUUCCCCCCCCAUGCAGUGUAUACUUAUGCUCCAAAAAUACUCCCCGCCCCAAUACCCUGACCCUACUCCGUCUGACACCCAGCCACCCCUACCCCACCCACCCCACCCACCCCACCCACCCACCCACCCCACCACCCCACCAACCCCACCCACCCACCUACCAACCACUACCCCAUGCAGGGUGUGCAACGCCCCUUCAUCCCCAUGUCGGGUUCUUCUUCUAUAAAGGGAUGUGCCAUGUGUUGUGAGGACAGGGCUGUGCCAUGUGUUGUAACCACGGGGGUGUUGCCUGCUCGGUGGGUUAUUUACCAACAUUAAAGAACAUUCCUCAAGGUGUGGUCAAGCACUACAAUGUGGUCACUUUCUCUCUCUCUCUCUCUCUCUCUCUCUCUCAUCUUUCCCCCCUUCUUUGUCUCUCGCCCUCCCUCUCGAAUCUUUGUUGUUCACGUCCAAGUGCUUUUAGAAACCCUUCAUGGGCCUAUUGAACAACCCGAGUGUUGCACGUGCACUUUAUUUGUUUGCAACACUGCGUCAAAAGUCUCCAUCUUGGUUCUCCUCAACUGUCCAUAUUUUUAGACACUUACAAAGGAACAUCUGGCAAUGAAGAAAGGGGACUUGUAAGAAUUGUCUUGGAAAACGUAACAUCCUAUAAUUUUGAAGUCUAUGCUUUUUAUGUUGAGAUGGGGCAUUUUUGAAAAGCAGUGUGGGGAGAAUUCACCUUUUUUUAUUAAGUCGAGAUACAAUGCAAGAUGGAAAUGAAUAUGGCAUUUUAUUUUUGAAAACCACUCCCUAUAGGCUUUGUGAGUGGAGCAAACACUAGGAUUAAAAUACUGACUCUAAACUACUGCUGUACCCCAAUCCCCCAAAAAUAGCUAUACUUGAUUCAUAAUUUGCUGCAUUUUUUGAUUCUUAUUUUUUGGGAUAGAUCUUUUUUAUUGUACGUGUCUUUUUAUGUUCACUAAAAGAUUGUAUUGGCGUCAGUCACCAUGUUUGUUAACACUAUCGUGCCCUAGUCUGUUGCCCUGACCCCAUACCAUCUAUUUAUAUUUCAGAGGAAGCACUGAAUCAUAAUAAACUGUCAAGUAAAUAAACACAUUUUCAUUUUA